AUGUGGUAUGACUGGGGCAAGGAGCCCUGGCGCCUCGAAGAACGUCGCCGGAAGGAAGAAAAGAAGGCCAGGAAACAGGCCGCGAAGGACGAAAAACGGAAGAAGAAGGAAGAGGAAGAGGAGCAAAAACGGGUCCGGGAGGAGGAAGCCAGACAAUACGCCGAAGAAGAGCAACGCCGGCGUCAGGAGAGGAAGGAAGAAGACCGUCAGCGCGCCGAGAAAGAGCGAUGGCGCCACCAGCAGCAAGAGCAAAACCAACAGGAGAGGGUCAGGGCUGACGAGCAACGCCAGCGCCGCCGCCAGCAGUGGGAGCAGGGCAGGUUAUUGGCCAUGGAGGACGAGAAACAGUACGCCGAGAGGAGGGCCCAGGAGGAAGACCAGAGGCGUGCCGAGAGGCAGCAACGUCGUCGUCAACGAGAAGAAGAGAGGAUGGAGGUUGAGAGGGAGAGACGCGAGGAGGAGGAGAGGGAGAUACACGAGGAGGAGGGGAGGGAGAGACGCGAGGAGGAGGGGAGGGAGAGACGCGCCAAGCAAGAGAGGGAACGGCGCGAGCAGGCCGUUAGAGCCACCAAUCGUCCCCGCCCGGCAGCCCCGAUGCCACAGAAUCGGCCACAGAACAACAACCAGGGCCCCUCGGCUCCUCCUCGUCCUCGCCAACGAAAUCCCGCGGCCCAGACAAGGCCGCCCUGGACCGUCGGCUCCUCCCCGGCCGCUGGGCCAACUCCGCCAACUCCGCCAGCCAUCCCCUUCACCGUGGGCAGUCCAGCAGCUGCUGCCAGGGUGGGCGACGAAUAA